AUGACCCCUGGCUCCUCUCCCGGCCCGCCCCCCAAGGGCCCUUCCCGACCCUUCCUCCGGACGCCCCCGGCCUCGCCCUGCCGGCUCCGCCCCGGGCGGGCGCUCAGGUCUCCGGCUGACCACGCGCCCAGCAGGCCGCCGCGAACGCACUCUCGGAAGCUGCCGCCCGCACUGGUUUCACUUUGGGGCGAAACAUUAGGUGAACCGCGGGACCGCCGCUGCGGGUCCCGGUCACUCGCAGAGUGGACCCGCGGGGACGGAGUGGGGCCCGCGCGUUCCCGCCCACAGCCCCGCCCUCCGCAGCCUGCCCCGCCCACAGCUUCGGCCCCGCCCCACCCCGACUGCUGCGGCCCCUCAGUGGGUCCCAGAGCUCGGAGGAACUCUGGGAAAGUUUCUGCUCGCCUCUUCCGCCCUAGCGGAAGCACGGACGGGGCGGGGCCCGCUAGCGGUAGCCACCCCUUCUCCGAGUGCGCGUUUCGAUUGGCCGCCGGAGAAGUCCGUAAGCGCGCCCGAGGCGGCGCACGCGCAUUCCAAUUGGCCAGGGCCGCAUUCCGUCAGCGUCGGAGGCAGGCUCUUCUCUGGGCUGCGGCGGGGGCGGAGCUGGUGGAGGAAAUCCGCGGCCUUCUCGGGCUCGCGCUGCCCGUGGGAUGCUGGGACUGGGUGGCAGGGCGGCUGUGGCCCGGCGGAGGCGGCGGAGGCGGCGGGACCCCCCGGUGUGGAGCGCCAUAG